AUGACGUGCACCGGGGUCCGACGGAUAUGGAACUCCCGGGUGGGGAUACUAGGUGCUCGGAGGGGCCGCGCAGACGUGGGACUCCACGAGGUGCCGGCUGGGGAAGCCAGCGUGGGACAGGCAGUGGGCAGGCCUGGCCGGAGAGCGGCGGGCCGAAGACCUUUCGCGGAGGAAAAGGAGCAUGCUCUAGUAUCUCCUCCCUCCAUCCCAAGUCUUGCCCUGGUGCUCUGGACCCCUCACGUGUUGCGUUACUUGCUGUCGUGGAGGACUCCCCCGGGUACGCCCUGCCCCUCCACUGAGUGGACACCUCUGUCAGAGGCUGCACAUCUGCCACCUGGGUAUCCAGGUGAGCCCAUCUGGCCCCACCAGUCCCUGCUGUCCAGGUCAUGUCACAUCAAGAUCCUGACACCCAUCUGGCCGGACCCCCGCCGCCGCCAGCGAUGCCACUUGAAGCAGGUCCCGGAGACUCAAGGACCUCUCACCAGCUCCUUCUGGGACCCCUGGGGUUCUUUCCUCAGGCCUAGCUCCCAGGAGCCCACGUGUUGCGCCGGCUGGAGGCAGCAGGGCGACGAGUGUGGGGUCGCGGUGUGCGAAGGCAACUCCACGUGCUCGGAGAACGAAGUGUGCGUGCGGCCGGGCGAGUGCCGCUGCCGCCAUGGCUACUUCGGUGCCAACUGCGACACGAAGUGCCCGCGCCAGUUCUGGGGCCCCGACUGCAAAGAGCUGUGUAUCUGCCACCCGCAUGGCCAGUGCGAAGACGUGACGGGCCAGUGUACGUGUCACGCGCGGCGCUGGGGCGCACGCUGCGAGCAUGCGUGCCAGUGCCAGCAUGGCGUGUGCCAUCCGCGGAGCGGCGCGUGUCGCUGCGAGCCUGGCUGGUGGGGCGCGCAGUGCGCCAGCGCGUGCUACUGCAGCGCCACGUCGCGCUGCGACCCACAGACGGGCGCGUGCCUGUGCCAGGCAGGCUGGUGGGGCCGCAGCUGCAACAAUCAGUGCGCCUGCAACACGUCGCCGUGCGAGCAACAGAGCGGCCGCUGCCAGUGUCGCGAGCGCACGUUUGGCGCGCGCUGCGAGCGCUACUGCCAGUGCUUUCGCGGCCGCUGCCACCCUGUGGACGGCACGUGCGCCUGCGAGCCGGGCUACCGGGGCAAGUACUGCCGGGAGCCGUGCCCUGCCGGCUUCUACGGCCUGGGCUGCCGCCGCCGAUGCGGCCAGUGCAAAGGCCAGCAGCCUUGCACGGUGGCCGAGGGCCGCUGCCUGACUUGCGAGCCCGGCUGGAACGGCACCAAGUGCGACCAGCCGUGCGCCACCGGCUUCUAUGGCGAGGGCUGCGGCCACCGCUGCCCGCCCUGCCGCGACGGGCAUGCCUGCAACCACGUCACUGGCAAGUGCACGCGCUGCAACGCGGGCUGGAUCGGCGACCGGUGCGAGACCAAGUGCAGCAAUGGCACUUACGGCGAGGACUGUGCAUUUGUGUGCGCCGACUGCGGCAGCGGCCACUGCGACUUCCAGUCGGGGCGUUGCCUGUGCAGCCCCGGCGUCCACGGGCCCCACUGUAACCUGACGUGCCCGCCUGGGCUCCACGGGGUGGACUGCGCCCAGGCCUGCAGCUGCCACGAGGACUCGUGCGACCCGGUCACUGGUGCCUGCCGCCUGGAGACCAACCAGCGCAAGGGCGUGAUGGGCGCGGGUGCGUUGCUUGCGCUGCUCCUCGGCCUGCUGCUCUCGCUGCUCGGCUGCUGCUGCGCCUGCCGCGGCAAGGACCCGACGCGCCGGGAGCUCACGCUCGGGAGGAAGAAGGCGCCGCAGCGAUUGUGCGGUCGCUUCAGCCGCAUCAGCAUGAAGCUGCCCCGGAUCCCGCUCCGCAGGCAGAAGCUGCCCAAGGUCGUAGUGGCCCAUCACGACCUGGAUAACACACUCAACUGUAGCUUCCUGGAGCCACCGUCGGGGUUGGAGCAGCCCUCGCCAUCAUGGUCCUCCCGGGCCUCCUUCUCCUCCUUUGACACCACUGAUGAGGGUCCUGUGUACUGCGUACCCCACGAGGAGACCGCAACCGAGAGCCGGGACGCAGAGCCCCCCACCGCCCCUACCGAGGCGCUGGCGUCAUCCCCCCCACCGGUGACCACGCCGGCGUCCACAGAGGAGGCGACGCCCCUCCCCGCGUCCUCUGACAGCGAGCGGUCGGCGUCUAGCGUGGAGGGGCCCGGCGGGGCGCUGUAUGCGCGCGUGGCCCGGCGCGAGGCCCGGCCGGCCCGGGCCCGGGGCGAGGCUGGGGGCCUGUCGCUUUCGCCAUCUCCCGAGCGCAGGAAGCCGCCUCCACCCGACCCUGCCACCAAGCCCAAGGUGUCCUGGAUCCACGGCAAGCACGGUGCCGCUGCCGCUGCCGGUGCGCCCUCACCGCCACUCUCGGGACCUGAGGCCGCGCCCAGUCCCAGCAAGAGGAAACGGACGCCCAGCGACACGUCGGCGCGCCCGGAUGAGCCCGGCAGCCCCCGCGCCCGCGACCCGACGCCUCGGCCCCCGGGGCUGGCGGAGGAGGGGCCAGCCUUCGUUCUUCCUUGA